CGAUGCUAAAUAUACACGACACAUGUGAAAAGUCAAGGACGUACGACGAAGGACGGGGUCAUUUAUUGCACUGCUUCACCGCCGCCGCGCCCCAGAUCCAGUGAUGGUAUCACAUCACUGUCAAACAGAUUUUAUUGUCUCCCUCAUCAGCAAGCUUCCCUCCAGGCUCCAAGAGACCUCGGUUUACAACCAACAAAGUAAUCUAAUCUUUAGUUUGUCAUGUUUGUCAUGUUUGUUGUGUUGUAUUUACAACGGUCGUGUGAUGGUGAGAGAAUGAGGAGAGGUCUUCUAAAUUCUCCAGUCUGAACUGAGGAGGUAAACUGACUGUUGUAACUCUGAGUGUGACUGUCACUGUGAGCUGUGAGAGUGUGGCUGUGUGUUCAAGAGAGCUUCCAACAAGUUAUGCUGUGGAGAAUUCAAGACUGCUCUCGGGAAAUUGGAGGUUUUCAAGAUAUGAUGAAAGACAUGGUCAUCUCAGACUAAUUUAUCUUCAAAAUAAAAAAUAAAAAGCCUUGAUUUUCUGAGGAAUAUAAUACUCUGCGGGUGUGAAACCAAGUUCACGGUAACUAUGGAUUCCGGAGAAAUAGCUCGGCCCGCAAAGCUGAAGACAAACUUCUUCAAUAAAACUGACACUGACUACACGUCAGAUGAGUCAUCAGCCCUUCUUGGCGGCCCUAUUGCCGUCCCCCCUGAGAGUAAAUACACGCCUCGUCAAGAACCAACAACCAGCGGGAAGACUUCAUCCUUUGGAGCUGUCUUCAUCGUUGUGAAUGCAUGUAUAGGGGCAGGGUUGCUUAACUUCCCCGCGGCCUAUCAAGCUGCCGGUGGGAUAGCUGUUGGCACCAGCAUGCAACUUGGUUUUCUACUGUUUAUCAUUGCAUCCCUAUUGGUGCUGGCCGUCUGUGCCGACGUUCGGAACUCCAACUCUUACCAAGACAUCAUACAGUCUAUGUGCGGAACUACAGGAAACAUAGCAUGCACAAUCUGUAUCAUCAUCUACUGCUUUGGGACUUGUGUCACAUUCUUCAUCAUUAUUGGAGAUCAGUUGGAUAGCAUAUUAGCUUUUAUUACUCAUGACGACGACAAGCAUGGUCAUUGGUAUACAGACCGUAGGUUCACAAUCACCAUCUUGGCUGUUUUUGUCAUCUUACCUCUCUGCCUCCCAAAGGAUAUCAGCAUCUUGAAGUGGCCAAGUUCAGUUGGUGUCUUAGGAACUAUAUAUGUAGCCGCAGUAGUGGUUGCUAACUACUACUUACUCCCAGCCAAUGCAGCAACGCACAUUGUUACAAAACCUACAUCGUGGACUGAUGUGUUUGCUGCUAUACCUACAAUAUGCUUUGGUUUUCAGUGCCAUAUUAGCGCAGUACCAGUUUAUGCCAGUCUGAAGAAACGGACAGUCAGCCAGUUUGCACUGGUAAUCACUGGUGCCCUCGUCAUAGCAUCGGUGACCUACAUACUGACUGGUAUAUAUGGAUCGCUUACAUUCGGCGACCAAGUGGAGUCGGAUGUGUUGCUGUCUUAUGACGCGGGAAACGUCACGGUGACGGUUGCCAGAGCGAUGAUUUUAUGCAAUAUGUUAACGUCAUAUCCAAUUCUGCACUUUUGCGGCAGACUAGCGAUAGAAACAGUGUACACCACAGCAAGAGGGUUAUCUCCUGCUGAAGCUGCACAUAAGGAGACCCCAAGGAGGAUUAUUGAGACGACAUCGUGGUUUGUCUUAUCCCUCUUAUUGGCUCUCUUUGUUUCUUCCAUCGGGAGUGUCAUCUCGGUCAUUGGUGGCCUGGCUGCCGUCUUUAUUCUUGUCUUCCCUGGUCUCUGUUUGGUCCAGUAUGCGUUGACCACUACAUCAGUGAUGGGCAGUAGGACACUAACGUGGUGCCAAAUUGGACUUGGUAUCAUCUUCAUUGCCAUGGGUGUCUUCAUGUUAGGGGAGAGUGUGACGGCAGCAAUAAUCAAGGAUGUCGUGAAAAUGGACUGAAGAGGAACUGCGUCAACCUUUUAAGAGGCCAUCUCAUCAAAUUUUGUUCAUGGUGAACUUUAAGGAACGUUACAGAAUUGGUAAGAGACACAAAUAUCGUGAAGAUCACAGAUUUACAUAAAACUUACCCGUUCUUAUGCUGAUGAUAAUCGAAAACAUCCGUUGAAAUAUUUCUGUCUGAAAUUUCAUAUUUGAUGAGAACAAAUAAUCUAAUUUUGCAUUUGGAGUUUAUCGCUC